AUGGAUGAUCCGCUAAUGUGGGGAUUUCUCCCCUUGAAAUACAACUUUGGGCUCUCAUCGUCAAAUAGAAGAUGGGGUCUUGCUAGUCAUGACAUCUGCUACCAGACCCGAUCUGCCCAUUCGCAGUACGGUGGUAUCGCGCAACCAGCUGUGACCCAAGCGAUUCGACUCCUAUCUAAAGGACCUUUCCCGGCCGAACCACACCUUGCUUCACCCGAGCGUCAAAGCUGGAGCUUGCAAAAUGUCUGCGUUGACCCGUUUUCCGACCUUCCUACGGCUUACUCCACGGAUGGUUUUGAUUCUCAUCUUGCGCCAUCCGCAUACUCCUGCAAUUCUUUCUCAUGGCUUCAUAUUUUUCCAGAGGGAAAGAUCCACCAAGCUCCGUCCAAAACUAUGCGGUACUUCAAGUGGGGUGUUGCUAGGUUGAUACUCGAGGCGAGCGAAUGUCCCGACAUUGUUCCGAUUUGGUUAGAAGGAUUCGAUCAGGUCAUGCACGAGAGCCGUGGGUUCCCGCGGGGUAUACCGCGACCUGGAAAGGAGGUCAGUGUGACGUUUGGACAAAAAGUGGAUGCUGAAGCGGUCUUUGGCGAAAUGCGCAGUCGAUGGCAGAAGAUCAAGGCGAAGGCUGAGCUGGCUUCUCCAGAAACUCGUGAUCUUCCACUCGGUACUCUGAGUGACGAGCUUCUGUAUGGGGCCGAGGCCGUCGAAUUGCGAAAAGAGGUAACGAAGAAGGUCAGGGAUCUCGUUCUCGACGUCCGCCGGUCUCGAGGACACUCCGAUGAGGAUCCUAAGGCAGGUCUCGUCGAAACGUGGAUCGAGGAGGGACCGAAGCGUGAGGGAAAGAUGGAGGAUGAAUCAUGGCCCGUCAGCACCCCUCACCAUACCUUAGCCACUUCGAGCCCCCUCAGCAACCAAAAUGAUCGAUUCCGUUCACCAGCCUCGCCGAGCGGGGAACCCGAACAACCUUCAGUCAACGACCUGAUCAACCACCUGCGCCGGACACAGGUAUCGCCGUCAUUAUCAGGCAACAGUCGCGGUGUGCCCCGGCAUGUCGUACCCCGCUCUGUCCAUCCAUCCUUGCGAAAUUUGCUCGAGCUCCCCGAAACUCCACCACCCCGCCCCCGUCCCGAUGCUCGCCGCACUGUCAUCGGCGGCCGGCGACUGAGACGGAUACCUGGUCCGCCUCCGCCUGAGAGCUGGCUUUCGGGUGAUACCAGUGCGCAAGAUGCUGAAAAGGCUGAAUUGGACAGCGCUGAGACGGCGAAGGUUAUCCAUCGUCUUGAGCGCCUACCGGGCAGAGAGUUUCCUGCGAAGAGGAGCUUCGUGCAUGCGCUGAUGAAGUCAAUGGCCAUGCAUUGGGCGUGGCAUGUCGCAUAUGAUGGACAAUUCCUUGGCCUAUUGCCCACACAUAUUAAAUUAUUGUUGUUGAGCUAUGUUGGAUACUAUUCCAGGGAACAGCCUCUGGCGGGACUGAUGCGCGGCCUAAAACCCCUGUUCGACAGCGAGGAGCAAGAUCGGAUAGCUGAUGGCGAUUCAGAUGUUACUCAUCUUGAUCUCAGCAGCGCGGUAGGGCGAUGGAUAUCCUUGAAGCAGCUCUCUACGGAACUAUUCCUUCCGAAGAAGGCGCCUUCUCAGAAAGACGCCGCGAAAUCGGUCCCUCUGUCGUGGGAGGAUGAGUACGAGGACGGGGCCGACGCUGGCCCCAGCAAUGCUAUCCCCAAGAUAUUGCAGCCCCUACGGUUUGGGAACCUACAAUAUCUGUCUUUGGCACAUCCGCACCCAUCAUCAGUAAACUGGAAUUCGCUUAUCAGCCUCCUUUCUCGUCUGUCAACAAUCACACACCUCUCUCUAGCGCAUUGGCCAGUCCCAACCGUUACACCGAAUGCUAUCAAUGCCAGCAUUAGACACCCAACGCAUAGAUCUCUCACCUUCGCAUACGGUGGCACCGACUCAUACUCCGCAAUGGAGAACAACUGGGCUGAAUCCGCCGGUAUCCUCCGCAAACUCUCCCGGGUGACAUAUUGCCUGAAGUGGCUAGACUUGGAAGGCUGCGGCGACUGGAUUCCAGCUCUCAAUUGGGAAGGCACCGGUCCCCAGGGCGAGACAUACUCAGCAGGUCCCGAAUGGAACGGGUCAUGGAGAGACAUCGAAUGGAUUCGUCUCGGGCCGGGAUGGCUCCCAUAUGUCGAUGACACUGGAAAUGUCACAGAUGGCGUAAUGGACCUUGCACCUGAAACGAAUGCGGCCAAUCCUCGAUCACUGGCUUCUUCCGCCCACGCUCCAACGGCAGUCGCAUCCGCCGAAUCAUGGGACGUCGAGGAAGAGCGCCAAAAGUAUCGGCUGGCGAAGGAGCUAGAGCGGUUCCGAGAGCAGAUGCGCGCCGCGAAAGAAGUCCAGCGGCGGGUAUUGCGGGCUAGGAAAGAGGGGCGUGGGAAAUGGGUUCAUUUCUCCUUCGGUUUGGAGGAGUUGGCAGAUGAUGUUCGGGACAAACUACUUGGACCAGAGUUGAGAAAUACAUUUCUCUAG